UCUACAUUCCACAGCAAGAUUUUGAUGUAGAGUAGAUUAUAGGUGCUAAGUAAAACAGUAUGCAUGUACUAUAGCCAUGACUAGUGUGAGUAACCAUUUAAAGAUUCUACUACAAAUAGUACUAAUAGGAGCUGUAUUUGUUUAUCUGAAACUAGGCAACAAAUUAGAAACCACUCCUUCAAGUAUUUCAAGUUCAAGAUGGUUACCUCUCACUGAAGUUACUGAAGGGAGUCAGGAGACAAGAGAAAGCAGGCACCUUACUCAAUACUCGUCAUCGGGUGGAAACUAUAGUAACAGUUACGAAACGACUGAUAUCUCACAAAUCGUGGAAAGUGGACAGUUACAACAAACUCCAAACUCUAGACAAUCUCUGUUAUUGAAUCCGAUGCCUGAAACAGCUCCGCCUAACUUGCCUUGGAAGAAAAGUGGCCUCAAAGUUACCCUAAAAUCUCUAAUGAAACUACCUUGGGUGAGGGAAUUGUGGACGUUUGUAAAUAUUGAGAUUGAUAGACGAUUUCCAGUUGCCAUUACUGUUUCAAACUUUAACUACCGAUCAUCACUAGUCAACUGGCUUGCUCAUGCUCUCCUCAAAAUUGGAGAGAAAAACUUACUCAAAAAUGUUCUCGUUCUGUCGCUAGAUGAACAACUGCACAAGUUCCUAAAGAGGAGAAACUUUAAGGUACUGUAUGUACCACAUCAAAGUUUGUCUACUCAAACUGAUGGACUUAUAAAUACUGAAAUUUCUCGCCUGGUUGUGAUGAGACUCAUCAAUUUCUGGGGGUAUGAUGUCGUCAAUUACGACAGUGAUGCAUUUAUUUUGAAGAAUCCGCAAGAACUGUUUGAUCUGUAUCCAGGAAGUCACGUGAUUGGAUCAGAGUCGUACAUGCCGUUUGACUUGCACAAGAAGUGGGGGGUCACUUUUUGUAUGGGUGUGGUCCUCAUAAGAGCAUCAUCAGAAUCUGAACGUCUAUGGAGUGAAAUGAGCAAACGUGAUGUAAACGAUGAUCAGAAGAAGUUCAACUUUGCCCUCAAUUCCCUCCACGUUCAUUUCAAUAAACGAGACAACACCAGUGAACCAUGGCAAGGGGGAGCCCCCGUAGUUAUCAGUGACGUCAAAUCACAACUUAAUGUGACUGUUAUUCCGAUGGAUAAGAUUUGUCGUGGUCAAGCUUGUACAUUUCGUAUCUUAAAGGACUGUUUUGUGUGGCAUCAGGGAGGUGAUCAUAGCAUCAAGAAGAUGAAGAAACAUGCUAUGGCAGCAAAAGUAUGGCUGCUUCAAAACAACUGGUUGGAUAUAGACACUGAAUUGAACCUAACUAGAACAGAGUGGCUUAGAAUGAUUGCUAGUGGCUGACCCAUCAUGCGCUGUAGUAUAAAUAGUAUAUCGCAGGCACUUGCCAUAAUUAGUAUUUCUAGUUUAUACAAUUAUAGUUAGAUAUUAUAAUUACUGUACAAAUUUGUUAUUCAGCCAACAAAAUGAGCUAAAGUAUAUUUGUGUGAGGAAUUAAUUAGUGCAUGGGUGAAUAACUACCGUACAUGCAU